ACACUCCCAGUCCCGGUCACACACUCGCACUCUCUCCUCUCGCACACGCGGGCUCGUACGCUACGUCACGGGCGGAGAACGCGUGGGGAGGGUCUGGAGGAGGCGCUGCUGGUUUCGGCGGGACGGAGGGAGCUCGGGCAGUGCGCGCGGGUGGCACACAGGAGAGAGGAGAGAGGAGCGCGGGAUGGAGAGAGAGAGAGAGUGAGAGGAGCGCGCGCACACACCUCACCACACGCACACGCACACACACGCGCACUGCUCUGAGAGCUGAUCUGAGACAGCAGACUACACACACACACGCACACAGAUACUGAGAGAGAGCGCUGGGAGAGUUAACACGCCUGAACCUUCAGAGGAGCCUUCUACACCUUCUGCAUCAUCUUCAUCACCAACAUUAUCAUCAGCUUAUGCCCCCUCUUAAAAAACCCCACCAGCAAACUGUCCACAAACUUUAGCCCUGAAACAGAGUGGAGCAUCGCUGCUGCUGUUGCAGGAGCCUCUCACUCACUUUCCUGAGGAACAGCAAACUUCUUGAAGGAGAAAGAGGAGCACAGGGGACAGCAGCAACACCAACACAGAGCAAGAAGCACUUUCAAGACCCCCAGGUGCAGUCCCCCGUGCCAUGCGAGGGUAAAUGCUGGGGGCACAAUGUCCCGCCGCAAGCAGGGCAACCCUCAGCACCUAUCCCUGUCCCACAGGGAGCGAGCACAGCAUGAGCCCACCCAUGAUGCAGACACUGACUGCCACUCUCCGGACCCCUCUCUGGUCAGCCCAGUGGCUGGAGAAAGAGACCUGCUGACCUGUGGCCAGUGCCAGACCAACUUCCCCCUGGGAGAUAUCCUGGCCUUCAUCGAGCACAAGCGGCGGCUGUGCAGGGGUGCAGGCGGUUGCUAUGAGAAAGCGGGCGACAGGGGCAGCGGGCCCUCGUCUCCCAGGUCGCAGCGGGCCGGUCCUGUGGAGAUCGGCAUCCAGGUGACGCCGGGCGGCGAGGACGAGGAGAAGCGACUGACACCCGCUAGAGGAAUCUGCCCCAAGCAGGAAACCAUCCCAACAGGGAAAGAUGAGCCGUCCAGUUACAUCUGCACCACGUGCAAGCAGACCUUCACCAGCGCCUGGUUCUUGCUGCAGCAUGCCCAGAACACCCAUGGCAUUCGCAUCUACCUGGACAACCACCCAUCCAGCUGCUCCCUCACACCCCGUAUGGCCCUACCUCCACCUCUGGGGGCUGACGCACUGCCCCGCUCACCUCUAUCCAGCUUUCUGGGGGACACCAGCAACCCUUUCCACUUGCUCCGCUUGGCUGCCCCCCUGCUACGUGAGCCCCCACCUGCUGCAUAUAUGGAGACCCGUAUACCCUCAACCCCGCCUUUUGUAAGUCCUCCACCUCCGCCUCGUCACCACUUGGAACGCCUGGGUCCUGAAGAGAUGGGCAUUCUCUCUCAACAUCCUAGCGCCUUUGAACGUGUGAUGCGUCUGGCCCCCAUGCCCAUGGAGCCACCCCCCAUGGACUUCUCCCGCCGUCUUCGAGAGUUGGCUGGCAACAACAACAACAGUGGCGGACCCACGCCACCUCUUUCACCCAAUCGUGUCCCCCCCAUGCACAGGCUCCUCAGCCCCACCCUUUUUCAAGCUAGCUCCAAGCCACCUGCAGCGUUCCUGAGCACUCCACCCCAGUCGAUGCAGGCUCCCUCCAGGAGCAGCUCUUCACCACCCUUGGGUCAAGGAGGCAAAGUCAAGUCCUGUGAGUUCUGUGGCAAGACAUUUAAGUUCCAGAGCAACCUCAUAGUACACCGACGUAGCCACACCGGGGAGAGGCCCUACAAGUGUCACCUGUGCGACCAUGCCUGCUCUCAAGCUAGCAAGCUAAAGCGGCACAUGAAGACGCACAUGCACAAGUCUGCUUCUCUCGGCAGCUCGCCAGAACAAGGCAGUCGAGAUUCAAUGGGAGAGGAAGCAAAGUGCAGAGAUGGCAAUGGCAUGGGAGAGGGGCAUGAUAAUGAGGAAGAGGAGGAGGAGGAAGAAGAAGAAGAGGAAGAGGAGGAAGAGGAGGAGGAGGAAGAGCAGCAGAAUGGAAGCAGCAGGCCCGAAUCAAAUCUCAGCAUGGACUCAGAGUUCAGCAGGAACCGAGAGAACGAUUCACGGCCUUCACCCAAUGAGAAACCACUCUCUGCUGAGAGAGCAACAGAAAGCCAAUACAACAACCUUGACAAUCACCUGAGACUUCCUCUGGGUACCAGGCCACGGGAAGAAAUGCAUGAAGCAGAAACAGCAGCAAGAGAAGCAGAUGCAGAGUGCCGACCCAUGGUGAACGGCAGAGGCUGCGGGCCAGAAGACGCCAUUCCUGGUUUAUUUCAGCAGAAACCCACGCCCAUCUCAAGCCCAAGCCUCUCUGGCUCCUCGGCUAAGAGGAUCAAGGUGGAGAAGGAUCUGGAGCUGCCGCCUAUGCCCCUCAUCUCCUCAGAAAACGUGUACUCUCAGCUGCUGGCUGGCUACGCUGCCUCACGACACUUCAUCAGGGAACCCUUCAUUGGUUUCGGCGAUUCCAGACAGUCGCCCUUUGGGACUUCUUCCGAGCACUCCUCCUCAGAGACAGGCAGCCUGCGUUUCUCCACACCCCCUGGGGAGCUUCUGGAAGGUGGAGCCCUGUCUGGCCGUAGCGGCAGCAGUACGCCUCACCUCCAUCUACGGGGCCCAGGCCCUGGGAGGCCUCCAAGCUCCAAGGAGAGCCGGCGGAGCGACACAUGCGAAUAUUGUGGCAAGGUGUUCAAAAACUGCAGCAAUUUGACUGUGCACCGGCGCAGUCACACAGGAGAAAGGCCCUACAAGUGUGACCUGUGUAGCUAUGCCUGUGCCCAGAGCAGCAAGCUCACCCGCCACAUGAAGACCCAUGGCCAGUUUGGCAAAGAGGUGUACCGUUGCGACAUCUGUCACAUGCCCUUCAGCGUCUACAGCACCCUGGAAAAACACAUGAAGAAGUGGCACGGGGAACACUUGAUGAGCAACGAGGUCAAACUCGAGGAGGCCGACCAAGCCUAGGUGCACUAAAGCACAUUCUUUUAGACUGAUUUAAUGGGUUUAGCUGGAUAAUCUUUUGGAUGAAUCUGACUAUAGAUUUUUGUUUAUGGAAUGAUAUGAUGUUUUUGUUUCGUUUUGUGUUUUUUUUUCUAGUGAAACUGCCACCUGAGAAAUAAGAACAUUAGUAAAUGUUUGUGAAUGGAUUUCAAAAAGCCCUGCUGGUAUUCCCAGCAAUCAACAAAAGGAAUUGUCCAUUAAGAAUCCAUGGAGCCUUUCUACUGUGCAAUAAUUUCUGUAUUUAUUGGAUUGUUUCGUAAUGAUACAUAGCAUGUGCAGGUACAUUAUCAAGGGUUUUUUAGUACAUUCCUUUGUUAAUAUUUUUGUUUUCCUGAUGCCAUUUUAAGAUAUGACAGAUACUGAGAUUUUGGCAUUCAGCCACCUUUAUGUUUGAGCAAUUUCCUUAAAGGAAAAAAAAUCUUAUUCUGCUAAAUUCUGAAGAAGAGGUGUAACUUCUAAAAAUCAGAGAGGGUGUUUAGUGUACUACUGUUGUUUUCAGUCCCACCAGGCUCGGUGACAUUUUUAAAGAGUAAAGCACUGAAUGUCAAAAUGACAAUAAAUAUUAAACUAAUUUGAGCGAUAUGAAAGAUCAGGGAUGUCUCAGGCAGCUGGAGGACAGUUUGACUGCAUUGAUUAUUGAUGACCAUCAAGCUAAAUCUUUUCAUCAUAACUUGUUUUACUUUUAGCUCAGUAAUGAAAACACAUUUCUUCUCAGCCACAAUACAGUUAACUAGACAGUGUUUUUAAUCUAAAUCUUAAAAAAACUGGUAAUGUGAUUAAGCCAUUUGCUUUUAAUAAUCCAAAUGUUUACAUUACCACAAGUGAAACUAAUGUUCACACCUACCAUCCAGUGUAUAUUUACUGAACACACAAGUCAGUGGAUUUUGGUUCAACAAGUUUACCCUUGUGUUUAGACUGAUCAAACAUACAUUUCUGGCAGAGUUGUGAGAUUACUUAAGAUGUUCUUGACUCCAUAGUGUCCUCACGUAUUUAAAGACUAAUUUGAACAAAACAUCAGCCAGGACCAUUCAGUUGUUUGGUCUCACAGUAUUACGCACUUAAUGUAGGGAACAUUGUAAUCAUUUAUUUGAGUGGGAUACAUAGGACCAAAAUGUUCCAAGUGGCUCUUUUUUUCCAGAGUAUUGUGGAAUUAAAGUAUUGUCUCUGUUCCUCUACUGUUCUCCAAACUUUCUUUAUUUUUCACUUCGGCUCAGAGUGUUGCUGCAGCCUGAACAUGUUCCCAUUCACUAUUUUAAAAGCUUCUCAGCCUGCUGCUCAUUCUAUGAUUUUUGAUGUUUUAUUGUUUAAUCCCAAUGAAUACAAUCAGCACUUGGACAAAUGCUGGGAUUUUUUUCUUAUUUAGUUUAGAUUUUUUUUGUUGUCAAUGAAAUUAUUGCCAUAUAAAUUUAAAUUUAGAGUAAACAUGAACAUUAAACAUAAACCUUACAAAUAUUUCCCUACAAUCAAAAGUUCUCUUUAGGCAUAGUUUACAACAUUCCGAGUUCUGUCGUCCUCCAGAUACAACUUUGUUUUUUGUCUCUUCAGUAGCAUAAAGAAAAAGAAGUGGCUGUAACUUGAAUGACAGUGACAGAUUUAAAUAAAAAAGAGAGAAAGUGGUGCAAAAGGGUUUUAGUGAAGACAGCAUGCCAAAUUCAAGUGCCAUUUCUGAUACCCCGAGACAAACCCGUCUUGUAGCGUUUACUAGCAUUCAAUUUGACAUGCACGCAAAAAAAUAUGCAGUGUGUAUCUUCUGAUGCAACUCAGUUUCCUGCGAAAGAGUAGAAAUCACAUUCCUGACUAACACGGCCUAAAGAAACUGUUGUAUCGGUUCAAUCUUACAAAACAUGAUCCAUUCAAACUACAAAACAUCACUUUAGAUCCAACAAGAGGUUAAAUAGUUAUGAACUUUGUGUGUGUAGUAUGUGUGAUACUUUUGGAAAUAUGACAACGCACAGGUUUCUUUUCCUCCGAGAUGCCCAAGCCAUCUUGCCACUGAUACUUGCAGCUGGACUAUCACCAGUAGCAACGGAAGAAAAUUGACAAUGGGGAAAAAGUGAAAAAAAUGACACUCUGUCUUUAAAUAAUGUUUACAGUGUUGAAGUUCAAGGAUAAUUAAUUCCUGUGUAAAUGUGUUUUAAAAGAGAAAUGAAAUAUUCUCUCUUUUUUUCUACCAUUUUGUUCUGAAUGCCAUACCAGGGUUUUUAUUGUUUGUUUAUUUCAAAUAUUUUUGUUCGUUCUUUUUUUUUUUGGUGCAGGGUUUUUUUUCAUGAAUUUUAAUGGACAUUCAUAUGUUUUGUUCUGUUGAAUACACAGUGUAUUUGUAUACCAGUGACAUUUUAUGAAAUGAUGCAAAAAAAAUCUUUAUAUUUUGCAGUCCAUUAUAAAAUUGUGAGUCUAUCCAAAUGUUUUUUGUCUCUAUAUCUGUUCAUAAUUUUGGUAAAUCUAUCCUUUUGAGGAUGUAAAAAAAGGAAAUAAAAACAAAUGAAAAUUCCA